UUUACAAACUGAGAGAGAGAGCGCGCCUGGAAGCCCAAGCGGAGUGUCGCUCACAGUAGCCGCCGACGACUACAACAGCGCGAGAGAGCUUGUGUGUGUGGGAGAAAGAGAGACAGGGAGACAAGCGGGCCAAAGACAGCAACGUUGUUGACGUUGACAUCAACAACCACAACAAUAACAGCGACGACAACAGUGCAGUGUCUCUCUCCCCCUCUGCCUCCGCCUCUCUGGGGACGGCGGCUGUCUGACAACGACGUCCUCCAGGCCUUUUGACGAAAUGAGAUAUGGGGGUGCCGGAGACAAGCGAAGGACCUAGCCGACUGGGGAAGUGAACGUUUGCCUCGUUGCCGCUGCCUUUGUCUGUGCCUGAUUUUUUGUUUUGUUUCUUAAAUAUAUAUAUUAUUUCGGUGGGCAGAGGACGGACGGAGGGAGCAGAUGUUUUUGGUGGAGGAAGGCGAGCGCAAGAGACGAGUAAGAAAAACAAACCACACGCACUGUACGCGCAAAUGACACACACGAGCGCGAGCGCGCACGUAGACCCACAUAGAGGCACACGGAGACACACACACUCGCCUCGCGCAUGAGCCAGAUACCAAUCACAGCUUGAGAGGUGCCUUGGCGCUGUGUCUUGUCCUUUGUUUCCAGAUUUUGGCUGAGGCCCGUCCGACCGACCGUCUGCGCUGGUUUGGGAAUACCCCCUUGUCAUUGAACCAACCCUUCGCGCAGCGGCAGAAGCGAGGUAGACGGAAAAGAGGAAGAGGAGAAAGGGAGGAAUAGACAGGAACAGAAAGAGAGAGGGAGGACGACAAGACGUGUGCGGAGGGCAGAAAGCCUUGCCUUUUGUCAGAAGCUGUGAAGGAGAACAAAGCAAUGACUGUUGCCAGCUUAUUGCACUGAAUUCUGCCAGACUUGGCACUAUGUCAUUGUGAUUUUGUUGUAGUCCUUCACUGGAUACAACGCCACGAGAAGUCGUCUCUACGUGUUUCGCGACAAUUUUAGGUGUUUACCUCGUCGUAAAAUAGCUGCAUGACAUUGCCCACAUACAGACACAGAUAAGAUAUAUUUUGUUGUUAUUGCUGCCCACGCUCGUGCGUUAACGUCGUCUCUCCGCAUUCUUCUUCGAGGAGCAUCGUCAACUUCGGUGGAGAUUCAAGGACGAACAAUACACAAUAACAAAACAGAGAUUCAUCGCGUUGUCACUUAGUCGUAACCGAAGCGGACCGCUGCCAAAAAUCACUGACCAAGAAGAGGAGACAAAGGAAGGGCAGAGGAAUACACCAAUAAAAACCAACAUUGCGGAUUAUACGAAACGACAACCAUAGCAACAAAACUUCAAGAGGAAUACUGAAGCUUUGGCGUCGCAUUUGCUCAGACCAAAAGGUUCUCUGUGUUGUUGUUGACAGUGAGCUUGGCUUUGAAGUGGCCCAACUCUGUUCCAAGGAACUCUGAUUAUACAUUUUGGGCGUUUUAUGUGGGUGAAAGACAGGCCAAACAAAGACAUUGAAAGAAGAGCUGGGAUUUCUUGACCUGGAGCUCUGCCUUGUUCCUUACAGAAAGUAGUUUCUGAAGGGGACCUGUCACCCCCACCCCCUUGCUACACACACACACACACACACACACACACACACACACACACACACACACACACACACACACACACACACACACACACACACACACACACACACACACACACACACAGAGAGACUGGCACCAUCACCACCAUUUCUACCCCUACCGCUACUAGCAAGCCUUCCAGCUGGAGCAGAAUUUACAGAGGCAGUACUGGGUGUCGGGUUUCAUGCAACCAUUCCAAUGGUGUAACGGAUGCCUCUGUAGUCUGGGAGUGCAGCGCUCGGACUGCGAGAUGACCCAGCCGGAGGAUGUGUACCACCUGCCCCUCAACGUCUACGUCAUCGUGCUGGGCAUCGGGCUCUUCGUAUUCAUGCUCAGCGUCAUCUUCUGCUGCUACCUCUUCAGGUUGAAACAGCAGGGGCCACGGGAGCAGUACAGCUACAACGAGGUGGUUCUGAAAGGGGCAGGCAAGAAGCUGUCUCUGCUUGGACAGCCGUGUGCAGUGUGCCUGGAGGAGUUCAAGAGCAGAGAUGAGUUAGGGGUGUGUCCCUGCUCUCACACCUUCCACAAGAAGUGCCUGCUGAAAUGGCUGGAGAUCCGCAGCGUGUGCCCCAUGUGCAACAAGCCCAUCCUCCGCCUCCAGGCAGCCGACGAGUCGCCCCCGCCCAGGGGGGCCGAGGGACCGCAGGACCCAGAGGAGGUCUGACCCUACCUGACCCCCCACCCGAUCCUGUGGUAGACCCAGACCUAACCCCAACCACCAGAUACAGCCCCCCACCCCCAACUCCACUCAGAACCAGAACCAGCCUCAGCCUGAGCUUCAGUGUAGCCACAGAGGUCUGACCUGAUCUGACCCGACCCCACCCGACUGGACCGGACUCAGCUUAACUCGACUCGUCCCAACUCAACUCCGAACCAGCCGAGGGGGCUCAAACAGGAGGUCUGAUCCAACUGGACCCAGACUAGAGCCAUUCUAACCUAACCUGACCCGUCCUAACCCAACUCAACUAAAGCGUAGAAAAGGGAGAUAUCCUCCGCGCACCUGUACUUCACAAUCUGACGUGUCACGGGAAAGGACUAGUCUCUUCCUUGCAAACUCAACUAAACUCAGAACCAGCUUGCGCCUCAGUGCAACCCCACACAACUCCUUUAGUGGCGACCUAAUCCCACCAUCCAAACCACUCCGGUCUUGUCCCACCCACCCAGACUAGAACUUGAACUGAACCGAAUCAAUGCAGCACAGCCAUGCAAACUGACCAAGAAAUGAAUCAGAAUCCAACAACUCAAUGGAUGGGCAGCCAUGGCAACUGCUGUGACCCACUGAUGACAUGCGUAACCACGGGAUGCAUACACGUCCCACCACACUAGUCACCACCAACAUCGAGUUAUAGUAGCUCCAAAUGGAUGGGAUUCAAUGACCGUGUGGGGAAAUGGCGGCCACUAGUGACUGGUGUGGCCAACUACGGACAGAGCUGUGGUGGGAUUCGCAUUGUUUACUGUACGGCGGCGACCUUGGGCCACUGGCCGGCCGACCGGCCAUGAGAAAUAAUUCUAGAGGAAAGGGUGAUGAGAGAUGGUCUUUUUAGAUGUAGGAAGAGCUUAAAAAAUAACUUUAAAAGUGUUACGAAACCAAGUGAAGAUGGGAACUUGAAAUAGCAGUGGGGUAGGUGGGAGGGUGGGGUUACCAGUAGUUGGGUUUUUGGGGAGUUGUAUUCUGUAAACUCUAAAAUAUGUGUGUACACACAAAGUUAGCAUGAGAUUUUAAUGAAAACUAUGUUAAAACACACAUACAGACGCACACAAACACACCUACCCACCACCCUUAAAUCAAGUGACCGCUUACUACUCUGUUGCACCCCACACUCAGACACAACACACCUAAACAAACAUAAACACUCAUGCACAACAUACCUCAACAGGCAUACACUCUCAUACACUCAGACACAACACAACUAAACAGACACAACACAAUUGUGCAAAACAUAAACACACAUACACGUUGUAACCAAUAACAAUCCAGUGUAAUAAAUAAAUUGGACUGCUCGGCUCACAAACACAUGGACUAGUGGUGACUGAGCCAACAACAUGCUAUGGUGACAUUCAAUAUAUCCCCAUGUAUCCCAAGAUCCUCUUUUAUGACCUCACUGGCUAACUAUGGAUGCCUGGAAGGGUCAAAAACAAUCUACAGUUUAUGAAGAAAAGAAAAAAAGACAGAAAAAUAAAUAAAAAGUAAUAAAUAAAGGAAUUGGGGAGUAAAAAAAAGAUAGAUGUAGAGGUAAUUCCCCCCCUCAUCUGUGACUUUAUGUAUGAGUUAGGGCCUUCGCAAGGCCAUCUUGUCUCUUCCUCUUCCAAGUUUCAUUUUGUAUCGUUUGACCGUUUUAAAAAUAAAAGUGUACUGUUUUUGUGGGUCACUCACUCUCUCUCUUCCUUUCUUAUACUUUUGCCCUCCUUCUUGUUUCAUUUUCGUUGCUUGUG